GAUCUACGCUUUUCUGUCAGUUUUAGAGAAAUUUUUCAGUUACACAAGUGUAUAUUGUAUUGGUUUUGCCAAAUGUUUAGAUCUGCCAAAAACCAAGAAUCAUCCAAAUUUCAAAGUGCAGUGAUGCAACGAGUAGUCUCGGUUAAGCCAGGUAAUAUUAGGUCCGUGAGUACGCGUCCGGCCUUCGUUCCACUGAUUUCAGUGUUUCACGAGGAGAAGGGAAAAAAUGUGGCCAAGGAUUCUUCAGUUGCUUGUGAUAUAUCACCUCCUACGGUUUCCGAGAAGACGACGGAGAAAUCGAAGUCGAAGCAAAAGAACGAACCCCAACGAUUUAUAAAACUUGCAAGAGUUAAAGAAGAAAUAGUAAGAAAAGCCAUGGACAGCCCGAAAACUGUAAGAGCAGCUUCCUCGCGGACCACUGGGAGCACUAGGAGCUCUACCUCCAAUAGGAUCAAUCAGUUUUAUAUUCCCCUACGGAUUUCUAAUGGGGUAACCAGCCGGAUUCGACGCCCCUCCGAGCACGGCGUUUUCCAUUACCACCUGUCCCAGCUGGAGAAGACCGGAUUCGGCGAAUGUAUCAGAUAUCCCAUGAAAUCUGUGCCCGCGGCGGAGCUUCUUCUGCUGCGGAAUGGCCAGCGUGCCUCCUAUCUUGAGAGGCGAUACGAACGGAGCCCGGACGACAAGUACAACUAUCCCGAGGCAACCAGCUGGCGGUAUGGCUGGUUCCACCGCGAGUCCGAUCCCUAUCAGAAGCGACUACCCAGACGGGACUAGAUCCACCUU